GUUUAACAACACACGAUCCUUCCAAUUAUCGUUGAUGAUGUUAUUGAAAGUUAUCGGUUUCCAUUUAUCCGGCUGAUCCUAAAUUGGAGAGAGAAAAAAACCCAACGAGCCUCUCGAUUUGUAUGAAAAAAAUAUCUCCAAACUCCUGUCUAAGCUUAAAAAGAGAGUCGGGCCCUAAUCAAUAUGAGUUACUGGUUUUGCUGAGGUAUUUUGAAGAGAUCUCCGGAGGGACUAUAAGUCAAGUGUCAAAUAUAUUUUGCGUCCACUCUGAUUUCUAAUGAAACCCGUGAAGGCACACGGAAAUAUCACCAUGGCGUCAGAAUCAACUUCCAUGUCUAACUAUGUCACCAUUUCUAACGGAAACGAUUCUGAUUCCGAUUUAUACUCGGAGUACGAUUACGAUUUUGGGGACUCUCAUGUACUUCCAUUAGAAGAACUGGUACCGGUGUCCAUUGCUUACGGAUUAACAUUGGUGUUGGGGAUUACCGGAAAUAUUCUGGUCAUUGCAUCCGUCAUCCGGUUCCGGAAGCUACACAGUGUCACCAACGUUUUUUUGCUUAGCCUGGCAUCUGCAGAUUUACUUUUAGUAGUGGUCUGUGUUCCAGUAAAGUGUAUAUCCUUCUUCUCCUACUCCUGGAGGCUGGGAGAGUUCCUGUGUAAGUUCGUGAACUAUCUCCAGAACCUGUCUAUCAUCUGCUCCGUGAUGACUCUCACGGGCCUCAGCUUAGAAAGGUAUUAUGCUAUUCUUCAUCCAAUGAAAUCUAAGUACGUUUGCACUAUAAGUCUGGCUAGACGAAGCGUGAUCUGUAUUUGGAUCCUGAGCUUUCUAAUGGCAACACCAACUUUGGCUGGCCAGAUUCACAAGACCGUGGGUAAACACCGCCAGGCCCACUGGUGCAUACUGGAGUGGGACAGCUCGGUCAUACAGCGCGUGUACGGAGUCUACAUGUUCCUGGUUAUACUUAUGCUGCCGUUUAUACUGCUGAGUUAUGCUUACGCAAGCAUAUGUCGGGAGUUAUGGAGGAUGAAUAGACGGGGACAUAAUUCGGGAAGCGAAAUGGAGGCUCUGCAGGUUCGGCGAGUUUCACAACGGCGUAAGGAUACUAGUAACUCAGCCAACCCCCAGAGGUGUGGGGAUGGGGACGAAAACAACACAAAGAAACAGGUCAUAAAGAUGCUAGUGACAAUUAUCGUCCUCUUCAUGAUCUGCUGGGGACCCGUAACCACCAACAAUCUCCUGGUCGCCUUCGACGUCAUAGACAAGUUACACAUGGGAGCCCUGAAGCCCAUUCGUCAGGCAUUUUAUGUGUUGUCGUACAUAAACAGUUGUGUAAACCCGAUCGUUUACGGCUUCAUGUCAAAGAAUUUCAGGAAAGCGUUCAUCAUGGCGCUGGGAUAUUUGUGUCUUGGUCGGAGAAGGCAGAGAAGGACACAGUUUUGGGACCAAACGAUGGUCAGGUUCUCUGUGGAGACCCGCUACAGUGUGUCCGCCCGUGGUUCCAGACUGACUGCGUCCCAAAUUCUUCUCCAGAGGGAGGGUCUACGUCCAGUGGUAACUUACGACAGCGAGGACAGUUUUUCGUUGAAAUAGAAUUGACUUGCAAACCAAGAAUAAAUAUUAUACAUGUAUUGUAAAUUCCUUAUUUUACGCGAGUACUUAAUUCCGCGAUUCCGCUGUUUUGCAUCAAAUCGCGAGAUUUUAAAAUCAGCGAGGACUGC